CCAGCUAUGAGAACUCCUCUCCGAGAGCUUAGACUACAGCCCGAGGCCCUCGCCGAUUCAGGGAAAGGUCCCUCUAUGUUCUCCUCGCUGACCCCAUACCUACGUAGGCUGCAGCUGAAGGAAAGCUGCAACAACUCAUCUCCAGUGGAUUUUAUCAAUACUGAGAACAACCUCCUUUCAGAACAGUUCAGCCAUCCUUCAAAGUACAUAGAAGCUUGUCAGCAUGAAUCAGAUCCAACUCCUGAAAGCAACUCUCCUUUCAAUACUUUGGAGAAAGCAAUAGAAACAAUGGAUGACUUUGUAAUGGAACCCAUAGAUGAUAGUAUAAUGAAGACCAUGGUGCUUUUACCCUUUUCAUUAGGGCAGCAGCAAGAUCUGAUGCUCCAGGCUCACUCAGAUACCACAACAGAGAGAAAUAAAAGCUCUCUAAAUGAGUCUUUGGGGCUAGAAGAUCUGGUGGAAAAGGAGGUGGCACCUUGUGUGGAAGACAACUUAACAGAGAUUGUUGCUAUUAGUCCUGAGCAACCUCCAUCUGAGGACCCUCCAUUACGACACAGUGACACUGAAGCUGCACCUGAGGACUUAGUUCCUUCUGAAAAUGUCUUGAAUUUCUCUAUGGCUCGUCUUUCUCCUUCAGCUGUCUUGACCAAAGAUUUCUCUGUCGAUCACGUGGAUCCAGGGGAGGAAACUGUAGAGAAUAGAGUUAUACAGGAAAUGGAAAAGAGCUUUCCCACAUUCCCUGACGAGGCUGACUUGGGAGAUCAAGCACCUGCUGCAAAUGCAGAAGAUAUUUCAUCCUUAUACCUGCCAUCAAGUCUAGUAGAAAUGGGACCCCAGGAAGCUCCAGGCCCAACAAUAGAAGAUGCCAGUAGGAUUCCUGGCUUAGAGUCAGAGACUUGGAUGUCCCCAUUGGCCUGGCUAGAAAAAUGUGGGAAUACAUCAGUCAUGCUGCAAAAUCUCCGCCAGAGUUUAUCCUUUCCUUCUGUACUUCAGGAUGCUGCUGUUGGCAGUUCACCCCUCUCCACUUGUUCUGUGGGAACUUCCUUUACUCCUCCAGCGCCACUGGAAGUAGGCACCAAGGAUAGUGCUUCAGAGACAGAGCGUCUCCUCUUGGGCUGCCGUCCCCCAGAUCUGGCUUCCUUGUCCCGACAUGACUUGGAAGAGAACCUGCUGAACGCCCUUGUCUUGCUGGAAGUUCUUUCCCACCAGCUACAAGCCUGGAAGAGCCAGCUGACCGUCCCUCACCAGGAAGCUCAAGACAGUAGCACACAGACUGACAGCUCUUCUUGUGGGGUCACUAAGACACCUAAACAUCUUCAGGACAGCAAGGAGAUUAGACAGGCUCUACUGCAAGCCAGGAACGUCAUGCAGUCAUGGGGGCUAGUCUCUAGAGACCUGAUGUCCUUGCUUCACCUGUCCCUGACACACGUGAAAGAAGACAGAGUGACAGUGAGUCGGGAGUCUCAACGUGCAGAAACCCUGGUUUCCUCCUGUUCUCGUGUACUGAAGAAAUUGAGGGCAAAACUCCAGAGUCUCAAAACAGAAUGGGAGGAGGCAAGGCACAGAGAAGAAAUGGCCCUUAAAGACAAGGAUGCGGCAGAGGCAGUACUGGAGGCUUUCCGUGCACAUGCCAGCCAGCGCAUCAGCCAACUGGAACAGGGUUUUACAUCUAUGCAGGAAUUCAGAGGCCUUCUAGAGGAGGCACAGACUCAACUGAUAGGGCUUCACACAGAGCAAGAGGAGCUGGCUCAGCAGACAGUGAGUCUGACUUCUGCCUUGCAGCAGGAUUGGACAUCAAUCCAACUGGAUUAUGGAACAUGGGCAGCUUUGCUGAGGCGGUCUCAAGGACUUACCAAGAAACUCACAGCCAAGAGCCGGCAGGCCCUUCAGGAACGUGAUGCUGCGAUUGAGGAAAAGAAGCAGGUUGUGGAGGAAAUGGAACAAGUCUCUGCCCAUUUAGAGGACUGUAAAGGCCAAGUAGAACAACUGAAGUUGGAAAAUAGUCUCCUUACUGCAGAUCUCUCGGCUCAGCUGCAGAUUCUGACUAGCACAGAUAGCCAACUAAAGGAACUGCAGAGUCAGCAUUCCCAUUGUGUCCAGGACCUGGCCAUGAAGGAUGAACUGCUGCAUCAGCUUACCCAGAGCAACAAGGAACAGGCUGCUCAAUGGCAAAAGGAAGAAACGGAACUGAAACACACAAAGGCAGAACUGCUGCGGCAGCGGGCUGUGUUGGCUCAGGAGAUACGGGACCUGAGGGAGACCGUGGAGUUUAUAGAUGAAGAGAGUCAAGUUGCUCACUUGGAGCUGGGCCAGAUUGAGAGUCAGUUGAAGGCCACACUAGAAGUUCUACGGGAGCGCAGCCUGCAGUGUGAGACCCUCAGGGACACCGUGGAGAGCCUGAGGGCUGAGCUGGCCAGCACUGAAGCAAAGCAUGAGAAACAGGCCCUGGAGAAGACACACCAGCAUUCUCAAGAGCUGUGGCUACUGGCUGAGCAGCUACAGAGUCUCACCCUCUUCUUACAGGCAAAACUCAAGGAGAACAAGGCUGAAUCAGAGAUCACUUUGCCCAGCACAAGCUGUGCUGCAACCCAGGAGCAGCCUCUGUCUGGUGAUAGCAGCAUCUCAGAGCAGAUCCCGACAGCUGUGGUAGAUGAAGUGCCAGAAGCAGCUCCUGUGCCGUUGCUUGGAAGUGUUAAGAGUGCGUUCACCCGAGUGGCCUCAACAGCAUCCUGUCAGCCAACAGAGACCCCAGACCUGGAGAAGAGCCUGGCAGAAAUGAGUACUAUGUUACAGGAGCUUAAGAGCCUGUGUUCCCUGCUGCAAGAGUCUAAAGAGGAAGCUGUCGGGGUCCUGCAGAGGGAAAUCUGUGAACUGCACACUAGACUACAGGCCCAAGAAGAAGAACAUCAGGAAGCCCAGAAGGCAAAGGAAGCAGACAUAGAGAAGCUGAACCAGGCCUUGUGCUUGCGCCACAAGAAUGAGAAGGAGCUCCUGGAAGUGAUACAGAAGCAGAACGAGAAGAUCCUGGGGCAGAUAGACAAGAGUAGCCAGCUCAUAAAUCUCAGAGAGGAGGUGACCCAGCUCACACGUUUACUUCGGCGUACAGAGACAGAGUCUAAAGUGCUCCAGGAAGCCCUGGAAGGCCAGCUAGAUCCCAGCUGUCAGCUGAUGACUACUAACUGGAUCCAGGAAAAAGUGUUUCUUUCACAGGAGGUGGACAAGCUGAGGGUUAUGUUCCUGGAGGUGAAAACUGAGAAGGAACAACUGAUGGACAAGUAUCUGAGCCAUAGGCACAUCCUGGAGGAGAAUCUUCGGCGCUCUGACACAGAGUUAAAGAAACUCGAUGACACAGUGCAGCAUAUCUAUGAGACUCUGUUGUCUAUCCCAGAGGUAGUGAAGAGUUGCAAGGAGUUACAAGGAUUGCUAGAAUUUCUGAGCUAAGGAACUGAAAAUACUGGAACGCAGUGGUGUGCCGCUGGAAUUCCAGCUGCUGGAGCUGGAGGACUGCCGAGUCCCAGGAGUUUGCGACUAACCUAACAUGGACAACACAGCAAAAAACCUGAAAGAUGAAUUCCACUCCACUCCAGUUUCCUUCAGGAUCCCUUAUCCCAAUAAUAAAAUCAAGUGGCAUAGAGCCGACCAUGAUUUAUGCUAUUUAAAUAAAGUGUAUUUAAUGUA